AUGGCAUUGGAUUGGCCGGAGGUAGGACAGGACUUCCUCAUUUGUUUUCAGAAACAUUUCAAGUCGCCAUUGCAUCUUGACGCUGCUUUUGAUCUUGAUUUGGAUGCUGCGGACUUGAUACAGUCAAUUUUUCCAGACAUGGUGGCUGAAGAAGUCAUGAAUCAGGUUGCAAUUCUAAUGUUGUGGAAGGACAACAAUUUUAGAUCUAGCAAACGUGCCAGACUGGAAGUUGUGGAGCGGGCCCUUUAUUUGCCCUUACAACCUGCUGGGAGCUCAGUUCAAGAGGUUUACAAGAAGCUGGUUCAGACCAACGUUGUUUCAUUGAUUGAAGCACGCACCAAGAAACGUCAGAAGGUGUUCAGACAAGAUGCAGAGUCCCGUUCGAAGCGUGCAGACGCCGAGCGGAAGAAAUACACUUUACUGUUGGCACAGGUCAUCAUCGAUGCUGAGUUACCUGUUGUUUCUUUGAUUCAGACUCUCGACAAUCCACAGCAAGGUUGGAUUCAUCUGUUUGGGACUCGGAGGUGCAACACCUUGAAGAACCGCUACAAGGCCUGGAGGCCCUUUGCAGUUUGGCUGGAGCUUCAUUUUGGAAGAAAGUUUCCAGUGCAGUUGAAAGACAUCAUUGAUUACAUGCAGCAUCGAGUCAGUGAAGGUUGCGGCAAGACCGUUCCUGAGAGUUUUCAUAUCUCACUGUGCUUGAUUGAACAGUUGGGGCGUGUUCCUGAGGGGGAGCGUUUAUCAGAAGAACAGCUUUGGAUUUCACACAUCAAAGCUUGGGGUGCGGAACUGGCAGAGGAUGCUCCGCCUGUCAAGCCUGCUGAGAUGUAUACAGUUGCAAUGAUCCUUUCGCUUGAGCUGGUGGUUUCAGAUGAGUCACAGCGCAUUUUUGCCAGGGCUUUGGCAUGGGUCGUUUUGGUGAUGGUUUGGGGCUCAAUGAGGUGCGAUGACAUGCAGUCUGUUUUGGCGCACAGGUCGACGUUGUCCAAUUAUGGACUCCGUUUGGUGCUGGGGAAAUCCAAGACUUCUGGGCCUGACAAAAUUCAGAAGGAGGUGUCGGUGCAUGUGUAUCGAACAGUUUCUCUUUCUGGUGAAGAUUGGUUGGGCAUCGGUUACAGGAUCUGGGAGUCGGAGCUGUUCAAUUUCCGAAGGGAUUACUUUGUGAUGGAACCAUCUUCAAAUUGGGAAUCUGUGAAACGGAAGUUUGUCCCCCCAUCUGGUUUGAGUUCUUUGAUUGGCAAACUGCUGAGUGACCUGCCUGUCCCAAAGAAGCAUUUGGACGGUUGGGUGAUGAAUGCGGGGGCACUUCUCCUGCCUGAUGGGUUGGAGAGUCAUUUCACUGGCCAUAGCCCUCGUAAUUUCUUGACUUCAGUUGCAGCUGCAAUUGGAUUCCAUCGGGAUCAACGUGCCUACUUGGGCCGCUGGGCAAUGGGAAUGGUGGCAUCGGAGGAGUAUGUGAGGACUUCCAGACAGGUGGUGUUCACAAUUCAGAAAGCAGUCAACAAAGCAAUUGUUACGGGGCUUGAUCAGGAGUAUUUUGAAGAUGAAGCCAUUGACAGGCUUUGCAAGUCGGCAGAAGAUUCAGGAGCAAACCGGAACAGGAUCAGGAAGAGGCACAUGGUCUCUUCGAACUUGUCUGGCAGGUACAGUCUUGGUGGGGUUUUCCCAACACUGGAGGUGCUGCCAGACGACUGGUUUGAGGUCGGAGACAAUGAAGCUGAUGAGGCGACCCUUGAUGCGAACAUUCAGGACCAAAAGGCACGUGCUGAAGCAGCGGACAAGACCGUUGCAAAAUUCUUUGUGACAAUUUCGAGACGCACAGCCUUUCGUCGUCUCCACCUCACGGGUUGUUUUGUCAAGCCCUCCAAUUGCACGGAAGUGCGCGUGCUGGAUGAGGUGGGAAAUGAAGAUUUCGAUUCCAUUUGCAGAGCAUGCAAGAGGAAGAUGUUGGCUGAGAAUGGGAAGGCGGCAAUUGCCAGGCGUUAUGGAUCACUUAAGAAGUUCAAUGCAAUUGGGGACGAUCGUGCACAGCUGAGAGUUGCUUGUUUACAAGACUUUGCCAUCCCUCAGGAUACUCCUGAUAACAGGGCAGAGGUUGCAGCGAUCGUUGCGGCCUGGGAGACAGCAAAGGAGUUUGUUUCCAAAGAAGUUGAAUUACGGGCUGAGGCAAAGGUACUAGGUCAACCAAAGAUCUUGCAGUCUCACGAGCGACAGUCAAUGAUUCGUGCUGUGGAAAGGAUUCACGGGACUUUGGGCGAGUCUGAGACGCCGAGCUCAGAUUACCUUGCGUUGAAGGCUGAGGAGACGGAGCUGAACGAGCCAUCGGCAUCGCCCUUGGAUGAGAUCAUUAGCAAACGUGACAAUGCAAGUUCCACAAUUCAGUCUUCUGUUGACACUUCAGGGCACUUGAGGGUGACUAGGACGAAGAACAAAGCGAAGAUGCCUAGCAAUACAGAAGAGUAUCGAAAGGUCAUGAGGGUCGAGAUGUUUGCUUGGUUGUGCAUGUCAGCACGGUACAGGGCGAAGAAUUGGCUUCAUGGAUUGGAGGCGUCUGACUUCAACAAAUUUGUGGAUUUCAUUUUGGGGGAGCGUGUAUUGGGCAUACAGAUACCUACAAGUGAUGGAGGGCAACAAAGGGUGAAACCUGAUUGGGCGAUUGUUUUAUCAUUUGAACACAAGUUGAGGAAAGAGGCCAUGAGACUGGUUGUAAACGAAGGAUACACUCUGGCAAACGCCUUGCGGGCUGUGACGAAGGAUGCGGAUCUUAAGGAGGCAUUUUUCACCACUCCUGUUGCUCUACGUGCAGCCGCCUCAGAAGUUCCACAGAACAAAUGGCCCAGGUUCAAUAGCAAGGGUUCCUUUUCCUCUGGAAAAUCCAAUGCACAGGGCUCCAAAGGGAAAGGAAAGUCUGGAAAGUCGAAAGGCAAAGACCAGCGCUUGGCUGGGCUUCAACUGGCAUGGAGGCCUUUGCGGAAUUUCAUGUGGCCGCGCGGUUUCCCUUGGUUGGCAGGGCACCACAAGACUGUCGUGGAGGAAGCGAAUUUGUUUGUGGACAGGGGGAAGUCGAACCAACCCCAGCAAGUUGUUGGGACAUCUGGAGAACAAGGUUCUGGUAAGGGAGGAAGUUCCUCUAGCAAGGGUUCAAGUUUUGAGCAGAGUUCUGGCAAAGGAGGAAGUUCCUCCAACAAGGGUUCAAGUUUUGAGCAGAACAACACAGCGACCACAACUUGCAGAGGAAGUUCCUCUGCUUCACUUGGCGCGGUUUCAAAGAGUUGCACGGUUGCCUUCACUAGUUCACUGGAGGGCGCUUCAAAGAGUGGCACAGUUGAUUUGACUGGUGAGGACUCCAAGGUUGGGGAGUUAGAUGCAAAUGAGGAUGUUGAUGAGGGCUUUGACAUGGAAGCAUGUUGCAACUUUGGCCCUCCCAUCAAAGUGGAAUGGGAUGGCAAGACUCAUGACUUUGUGGAUGGAUUUGGAAUGUGCUCACCUACCAGGUGGGCCCCGCAGUCUAGGGGCCACAACAGGAAGCCACACAUGAAAGCUCUUGCAGCCGAGACUUACAAACGUUUACAUGCUGCGGUGAUGGAUGCAAUCAAGGAUGUCAGACGGGAGGCCUUCAAGUUGGUUACAGGGAAACUCCAGGCUUCCCCUUUUUCCCCAGAGUUGCUCCACAAAGUCAGGUCCCAGGUGGCAUCACUUUUGAGGGACCCCACUGAAGCGAUGGUAGUGGAUACUGGGCAGCCCUUCUUAUUGCGGCUCUUGUCACAAUGGCUGGAAGUUUUCGAAGACCCUGAUGUGGCCUGCCUGGUUAACACGACAGAUUCAUUUGCCACUGGGGUGAAUGUUGGGGUGGAUGAUCCUUUGCCAAGAACACCGCAGGUUUUCCCGCCGAAGGUGAAGCACCGAAAGUUGGAUGGGACGGAGUUCAACCCCAUUGCUGACAAUUACAUUUCAGGACAAUUGUCGGCCAAGGAGUUGGAAGAUAAGUUCAGGGAAGAGGAGACACUUGGGCGUAUGGAGCCUUCUAAGAUGUCUGUUUUGAAGGCUCGUCACGGUGAGCGAUUGCGUGUGGCGGCAAUGGCAGCAAUUAGCAAGCCUGAUGGUGGUGUCAGGCCCCUUCACGAUGCUACUCAUUCUGUGAUGGUUAACCAUGCAAUCAAAUACAGGGAUCAGUUGCAGUGCCCGGGACCAGCAGAAGUUGCUGCUGUGGUAAGAGAGGCGGUGGAGACCCGGGGGGCUGUGUUUUGCGUUUCGGCCGACAUUAAAGCGGCACAUCGUUUGGUGAAACUGAGGGAAGAAGAUUGGCCCUAUGUGUGCUGCCGUGCCGAUUCCCUAUCAGAGGUGGUUUGGAUCAACAAGGUGGGAACAUUUGGAGUGUCGAGUGCCCCUUACUGGUGGUCGAAGCUUUUUGCUCUUAUUGGACGUUUUGUUGGACAUGUGAUGCAAACUGCAGCUUAUUGGCAUUUGGUUUAUGUUGAUGAUUUGCAUGGAGCGUUUACGGGCUCCCGCAAGUUCGAGCUGUUAUGGGUAUGGCUGUUGGCUUUCGAGGUCAUUGGAACCCCCUUCGGUUACCACAAGUUCAAAGGUGGUUUCUCAUCGGACUUUGUGGGUUUCCAUCUGCGUUAUGACAAGAAUGAAGUUGGGAUCACUGAGAAAAGGGGGUCAUGGCUUCUCAACUGGAUUCGUGCGUUGGAGGAGAAGCGGUACGUUGUGCCAGCAAGGGAGUUCAGUGAAUUCCUGGGCAGGUUGGGGUUCGUGGCACAGCUUCUGACGUGGCUCAAGCCACACUUGUCGCCAUUGUUUGCAUGGAGCGCUGUUGCAUCACCUGGCAUGGUUGGGAGGUUGCCGGAUACUGUCAUUUUGACAUUACAAUACAUUGCAGCUGAGAUGUCCGGUGAAACCUUCUUAAUUUCUGCAAAGAGACCUGUCUAUUACAACGCUGAGCAAUUCAGGCGUACAGUGGCCUUGGCUCUCUCUGCAGGAAAGAACUCGGAAUGGGGUUUCGGGGCCACAACAGCCAUCAAGGCAUUGCGCUGGGCUCAGCUUUACAGCCGUGAUGACACCGCAGGUCAACUGGCUCUACAGAACACUCUGCUGAUUCCAACGAUGGAGAUUCAUCAGACUCCAGUUCGAGAAGGCUCGUGGGCAGAAUCUUUUGCCCCAAAAAUUCAACCGAGUACAGUUGCCAAGCUCAAAAAGCAAUUUCUGGUGGACUACCCAAGUGAAGUUCUUACGCCGGAAACGAUGCCAUCCACGCGUUUGCUGAAUAUGCUGGAUGUUCAUAACAUAGCACUUGCUUUGGUGGGUUCCUGCCAUCUCCAACGACUCCGUGCAUAUUCAUUGAAAUUCAUGAGCUACAUGACCCAACGCCUCGAAGGGGAUUCAGGUCUUCGUCCACCCAAUGUGCUCGAAGCCCAAGCUGCUGAUAAAGCCUUGUGGCAAUUGAUUCAUGAUUUGGUUUUGGAUCAACAGUUUACUUUGGACAAUGCAAUCCACGAAGUGACCCAUUUGCGUUCGGACAUGGCAUCCUUGCUCCAGCCUCGACCGAAGGUGACCUCCAAGCCUCCACCAGUACAUCAUCCCAGUGCACCGACACCGACUGCAAAGGGCCGUGGAAAGUCCAAAGGCAAGGGCAAGCAGACGGGCAAAAAGGGCGAAUCAACGCGUACAGUGGCCUUGGCUCUCUCUGCAGGUACUGAUAACAUGGCCAAUGAGUUUUUGAGUUCAAAGAGAGCCACAACGAAAUGGCCCCUCAUGUUGAUCAAUAUGCAGUUAUCAGCGCUGUUGGCCAGGGCAAGGCUGAGCUUGAAUUUGAAGUGGCGCCCACGGGAAGAGAACGUGGAAGCAGAUCAGCUGACAAAUGGGCAGUUUGAGAGUUUUUCUUUGGAAGCCAGGGUUCAUGUGAAAUUUGAGGAUUUGGACCUUUCUUUGGUUGAGGCGUUGUGGAGGACGAAGUCCCAAUUUGAUGCUGCGAGACAAGAGGCAAAGACUCUCGACAAGCAGGCAGCACCAG